AAGGCGAGAUGGAAAAGAAAACGGGAGAGAGUGAGGGAACGGGUCCGUUGAAAGCAAAGUGUGUCGAGGUCUUUUCACGGACAGUCAUCGCACGACCGAGCAUCGUUCCGAACGAUCGUUGCCUCCCGAUCGGCUGAUUCGCGCCGAUUCUCCCCGAUUCUCCUUUUCCCGGUGUCCUCCCGUGUACAGUCCUCCGCCACGAUCCCCGUCUUUUUCAGGCCUACCACCGUCUUCCCCCUCCGAUCUUCUCUCGAUCUCUCCCCUCCGGAUUCCUCUAUUUGGUUUUUCCUACAUCCCCCUCUCCGUCUCUCCGCCUCUCCCUUCUCGAACUGUCACUCUCUCUCCCCGUCUUUCUUUCCUUCUCUCUCUUUCUAUUCGCCUGCCGGGCUCCAUAGACGAUGAACAAUUCGCCGGUACCGUCGCGGACGCGACAACUUUAUCGAAAUAGUUCGAGGCCGCGCGUCUCAUCGGAGGUAUCGGUAGUGGUAACGGCUAGCCGUCUGGAAUGUCUAUGAAUAGGAACCAUUGACGUUCGACUCUGCCAGGAUGCUGUCGUCCAUCGUCCUUCUGGAACUCUUCGCGAUAUGGAGUUUGCCAACGGGUUCCUGGUGUUACACCGAAAAUGUAGCGCGGUACAAUUAUCCGGAGAGAUUCGGGAUGCCGAUAACGCCGGUGUCCACGGGAACGAUCGGAUUCCGAAGAUUAGCCGAGACGGAACCGUGGCGCGCGGAUUUCGCGCGUGAUCCGCGAAGACCGAUGCCCGGCAUUUUGCGGAGGGACACGCGAGGUCGUCCCGGUCACGGCCGGCUCGAGAAAACCUCCCUCUCGAGACGAGACGAGCCGGAUCCGUUGAUCGCGAUCAGCGAAACUCUGGGCGCCUUGAACACGGUCGGCAGUUACAUCGUCGACAUGACCAGGGGCGUCGAGAACUCAAACUAUCCACCGAACCAGUUACCGUCGGCGAUAUACACCAUCUCUAAAAACAUUCUAGGUCGCAACGUGACGGACAGUAUAGCGCCAUUGGUGCGCGGAGUGGCUCUUCCUCUGCGGACAUCGGUCGCCGCGGACUCCUCACCGGCCCGGUUUCCGUCCUCGAACGCGUCCGCCCUGUCGUCCACGUUACCGCCCCUGCCCGCGUCCACCUGGCCGACACCGACGUCGACUCGGACGUCGACUCGGACGUCGACUCGGACUCCGACUCCGACUCCGACGCCGACGCCGACGUCCACGCCGAUCCCGAUAGCUUCCCAUUCCGCGGAACUAUUCGCGAACAGGGAAAAGGAAUCCCCUUCGUCGGUAUCGUCGUCGUCCGGUUGCAUCACGGCCGACGGCAACGCCGGACACUGUCAAGACUUGAGCAUUUGUCCUCAGCUCUUGCUGGAUCUGACGAAACUCAGGCAAUCGUUGUGCUUCAAAAGUUUGUUCGUCCCUGGCGUUUGUUGUCCGCUGACCGAUAAGACCGAAAUCGCCAGCGAGUCGAUCGGAAUCAUUCCGGCGAGUGGAAUCGUGGUUGGCGCGCAUACCACUCCGCGACCACCGAUCAGACCGACCAAGCUGCAGACGCCUCGACCCAUUCCGCUGUUUCCCGUCGCUUCGUCGAGCACGACGACCACGACGACGAUCGGUCCGGUGUUCGGACCGGUAUUGAGUCCCGAUGCGCACGAAUCGUCGGUAAACGAGCCCACCGUCGCGAGUAUCGAGAACAAUUUCAUCCAGGACGAUGAGGAGUGCGGUGUGAGGAACUCGGGUAAGUAUCGAGUGGUCGGCGGCGAGGAAGCUCUGCCGGGACGUUGGCCAUGGAUGGCAGCGAUAUUCCUGUACGGUUCGAGACACACGGAAUUCUGGUGCGGCGGCUCGCUGAUCGGACCGCGGCACAUUCUAACCGCCGCUCACUGCACGCGCGACAAACGUCAACGACCGUUCGCGGCGAGACAAUUCACCGUACGGCUCGGGGAUAUAGAUCUCGAAAGAGACGACGAACCAUCCGCACCGGAAACGUACACGGUCAAACAGAUCCACGCGCAUCCGAGGUUCUCCCGGGCGAACUUCAACAACGACAUCGCCGUGCUCGAGUUGACCAGGCCCGUUCGCAAGUCGCCGUACGUGAUACCGAUUUGCUUGCCGCACUCGCGUUACCGACACCAGCGAUUCGCGGGCGAGAGACCCACCGUAGUCGGAUGGGGCACUACUUACUACGGUGGCAAGGAGAGCACCGUGCAAAGGCAAGCGGUCCUUCCCGUUUGGAGAAACGAGGACUGCGACUCCGCCUACCUCCAACCGAUCACCGGCAACUUUUUGUGCGCCGGAUACAGCCAGGGCGGUAAAGACGCCUGCCAAGGCGAUUCCGGUGGUCCGCUGAUGCUCAGAACCGACGGUCGUUGGAUUCAAAUCGGCAUCGUCUCGUUCGGCAACAGAUGCGGAGAACCCGGAUAUCCUGGCGUUUACACGCGCGUCACCGAAUACAUCGACUGGAUAAAGAGUCAUUUCUAGCGAAUUACGCCUUCCGCCAUUUAUGCUACCUAUACAUGUACAUAUGUAUCUAUGCUUUCAUCGUUUUCCAUUUUAAUUAUUAUUCCUAUUAAUAUUUAUAUUAAUUGUAUUUUUAUCGUCACCAUUGUCAUUAGUAUUACUGCUACUACUUCUGUCGUCGUUGCUAUUGUUACGAUUUCUACCGUUAGAAAAUCAUACGCAUUCGCAUUCGCAUUCGCAUUCGCAUUCGCAUUCGUAUUCGUGCUUGUGUACAUAGCAAACCUUAAUAUUACUUUUAUCUACGCGCAUACGAAUAUAUCGAACAACUAAUUAGAA